UACACAUACAGUUUUAGAGACUGCCCAACAAUGUACACACUACUAUUUCUUUGUCUGGCCGCUGCCGUCUAUGGAGGAUCAGUUGAUUUCUACUGUGAUUUCUCCAAUUCUAAAUGUGGCAUGAAACAGCUAAGAGACGAUGACUUCAACUGGAUCGUGACCUUGGAGGAUCUAUACGUCGAUAACUAUUACGCCAAUCCUGGUGACAAAGCCAGGAUAGCGACGCCCAACAAAUACUCGUUUAACAAUGGUAAUAAAUGCCUGAGUUUUACGUACCACUUGGACGGGCCCAAUGUGGGCAGCCUCUUAGUGUAUGUAGGAAAAAAGAAGGUGUGGUCAAAGAUUGGCGACCAGGGACCUAAUUGGCAUAAAGUGUUGUUUAAGGUCCCUGUCUCACAAGGAUCAUAUAAGGUAAUUUUUGAGGCAGUGGCUGGUAGUGGUGACUACACUGACCUCGCCCUCGAUGACAUCAUGCUAGAAAAUUGUCAAUCACCAGCCACGCCGGCACCUCCAUGUACCGCUCAACCCCCAACCCAAGGACCCACACCAGCACCACCGACCCAAGGACCCACACCAGCACCACCAACCCAAGGACCCACUCCAGCACCACCAACGCAAGGACCCACACCAGCACCACCAACACAAGGUCCCACACCAGCACCACCAACACAAGGUCCUCCUCCAUCAGGUUCAUGUGGUAUUCGUCCCAGUACCAGGAUUGUUGGAGGUGCUGAUGCUAAUCACGGGGACUGGCCCUGGCAGGCUCUUCUCCGCUAUAAACCUACUGGUGAACAGUUCUGUGGUGGGGCGUUGGUUCACCCAGAGUGGGUUGUCACAGCCUCUCACUGUCUAGAGAGAAUGGAUCUCAAAAAUCUUAUUGUCAGAAUGGGAGCUCAUAAACGAACGCAAAGUGUUGGCACAGAACAGGAUAUCCCAGCCAGCAAAAUCAUCAUGCACAAAUCUUACCAGAGUCCCAAGCAAUACAGCAAUGAUAUCGCAUUAAUCAAGCUAUCUUCACCAGCAAAACUUGACAAGUACACUAACGUAGUCUGUCUGCCUGAGGCAAUCCCCGAAGUAGCUGCUGGAACCAAGUGUUGGAUUACAGGAUGGGGUGCUUUGACGUCAGGGGGGUCACAACCACAAACACUGCAACAAGCGUCAGUACCCAUAGUGGAUCAAGCAGUAUGUAAGAAUUCCUACCCUAAGGAGAUCGAUAGCACUAUGAUCUGUGCUGGACUUAAGCAGGGAGGCAUCGAUGCUUGCCAAGGUGAUUCUGGUGGACCAAUGGUGUGCGAGAAUGGCGGAAGGUUCUACCUUCACGGUGCCACUAGUUGGGGCUAUGGAUGUGCUGCACCAGAAAAGUAUGGCGUUUACGCCCGGGUUAAGUACCUUCACAGCUGGAUUAAAACACAAAUGACCGCUUUAAGACUCUUCUAUCACAUAUCACUACUCAUAAUCAUGUUUGCCCUAACUCUUUUUGCCUUGUUUGGGGCUGCAUUGUGUGCUACAGAUUUCAAAUGCAACUUCAACUCCGAUGACUGUGGUUUCGUUCAAAGAACCGACGAUGACUUUGACUGGACAAGACAAUUUGGUAUGACACCAACUUACUACACAGGACCAAUGACAGACGCAGACGGGUGGGGUGAAUACAUGUACACGGAUGCACGAGGAAAGGCUCCAGGAAGCAAAGCUAGACUCGAGACUCCAAUGCUGAGUGUACCGAAGGGUGGUCGUCGAUGUCGGUUACGUUUUUACUAUCACAUGUCUGGCUCAACCAUGGGCAGUCUAGCUGUGUACGUUGGUAAUCGCGAGAUAUGGAAAAGGUCUGGUGAUCAAACAGAUUACUGGCAUUUAGCAUCGAUGUCUCUUCCUGUGUCAAAAGGCUCUUUUAAGGUCGUAUUUGUCGGUACCAUUGGAAGUGGUAUUUUCUCUGACAUGGCUAUCGACGAUGUCUUCAUCAGAGGCUGCUCGGCAUCUGUAUCUCCGCCAACACAAGGACCCACUCCAGCGCCACCAACAGACGGACCCACUCCAGCGCCACCAACAGACGGACCCACCACAGCACCGCCAACACAAGCUCCUCCGCCAUCAGGUUCAUGUGGUAUUCGUCCCAGUACCAGGAUUGUUGGAGGUGCUGAUGCUAAUCACGGGGACUGGCCCUGGCAGGCUCUUCUUCACUACUCCUCUACAGGAUCUCAGUUCUGUGGUGGGGCGUUGGUCCAUCCACAGUGGGUUGUCACUGCUUCUCACUGCGUUUCUGGAAAGCGACCUUCACAAAUAGCUGUGCGAAUGGGAGCCCACAAACGAACGUACGACGUUGGUACUGAACAGAAAUUUGGAGUUAGUUUGAUCUUGAUGCAUCCUUCUUAUCAACACCCCAUGUCAUACAGUAACGACAUCGCAAUGCUGAAGCUCGACAAACCAGCCAAGCUUGACAAGUACACCAACCUUGUUUGCCUUCCUGAGUCUAUCCCAGACGUGGCAGCAGGUACAACUUGCUGGAUAACAGGGUGGGGUACACUAAGCUCAGGGGGGUCACAGCCAGAGACACUCCAACAGGCUUCAGUACCAAUCGUUCAUCAGGACAAGUGUAAAUCUUCUUAUGUUAACGAGAUCGACGAUAGCAUGAUAUGUGCGGGUCUUGAUCAAGGUGGAGUAGAUGCUUGUCAAGGUGAUUCUGGUGGACCAAUGGUGUGCGAGAAUGGUGGAAGGUUCUACCUUCAUGGUGCCACUAGCUGGGGCUAUGGUUGUGCUUUACCCAACAAGUAUGGCGUCUAUGCCCGGGUUAAGUACCUUCACAGCUGGAUUAAAACGCAGAUGGCCAACAAUUAA